GCUUGCUUGCUUGGUCCCUUGCUUGAGUCCGCGACACGUUGUCUACCCCCUCUCUGUCUGUCGCUGCCCUUGCGCCUCCUCCUCCUCCUUUGUGCUGCCUCUGGCCCGUUGCGUCGCCGCUGCCCAACACCAUCUCUCCGCUUCUUACACUUUCUGCCGCGCGCACUAGUUUUCUCUGUUCGAUUGGCCUUGUACACCAGUGGUUUGAGGCGGAGUGUUUCUGGCCUUUCCUGCUUUGGAAAAUAGUGGUGGGAAAGAACAGCGCUUAAGGGAUGCCUCAGAUUCAGUAUUCUGAGAAGUACUUCGAUGACACUUACGAGUACAGGCAUGUUGUGCUCCCUCCCGACAUUGCCAAGUUGUUACCCAAGAACCGGCUUCUGUCCGAGGCUGAAUGGCGCGGAAUCGGAGUCCAGCAAUCACGCGGGUGGGUGCACUAUGCAAUUCACCGACCUGAGCCGCACAUCAUGCUCUUCCGCAGACCCCUCAAUUACGGGCAGCCUCAACAGGCUGCGGCUGUGCAGCAGCAGCAGCAGCCCGCGGGGAUGAAAGCCUAGUCAUUCCAACACUUGGGCUCAUCGGUGAAUUCUUCAGUUUGUAAGGCGUACCUAACUUGGUGUCAACCUCAGAUGCCAGGAUUAUCACAUCAUAUGCUUAUGAUGUUUUCUUAUCGUCUGUAUUCAGGUCUCUAGUUUCUAUAUUACCUUCAUAGCUGAAACUGUCCUGUGCACCGUCCAUCCCAGAAUGGGUGCUGGUGUGUGCGAAACAGAGGACUUAAGAUCAUCCAUCCUUUGCAAGGGUUAAUAUCUUAUUUUUCUGUGCAACCUUACAGCUUGGUGACCGUCAAUACAUAUUCUGGUCAUUUUCAUAAUUGAUGUAUUAUAAGUUUAGGAUUUUUUUAGUAUAAUACUUUCGAUCAAGUCUUCUUCCCCUCACUUUGCAUUUUGCUGGUUUUGGCUCUGGAAUACCUUUCUAGUCUUGCUCCUUGUGCUCCGUAAAUGCAAUAGAUUUUGAAUUAUUUAGUGUUUUGGUACAUAUGGAUAAUACAGACGGUAUUAGAGUAUUUCUGGA